CCCGGCCCUCGCCUUCCGCCGGGGGCUGGGGCCGCUCCCGCCGAGGAGCCGGCGCUCCCGGGGCCGCCGAGCGGCUCUCCCCAGCCCUGCCCGCGCAGCCAGCGGCGCGAUCGCCCCAACUCCGGGGAGGAGAGACACCCCCCGCCGCCGCCUCCCCUCCCCUUCCUCCUCCUCCUCCUCCUCCUUCUCCUCCUCCCCCCCCCCCCCCCCCCCCCGUCGCAAACCCCAAAUAAAAGGGGCGGGGGGCGGCAGGAUGCGCCGCUCGGCGGGGAGGUCGGCGCCGCCGCCGGCCGCCUGAUGCUGCCGCAAUUCGCCAUUGCCGGGCACGGCUCGGAGCCGGGCGGAGGGAGGCGAGGCGGGGAGGCGGGGGGCCAGGGGGCAGAGGAGCAGCAGCCCCCCCUGCCCGGCCGCCCCCGCGGCCGCGGCCGCCGUCCCCCCCGAUGCCCGGCCGCCGCCGGAGGGGCCCCGGGGGCCCGCUCCUGCCUCCUCUGGCUCUUUGUGUUGCUGAAGAAUGCAGAACCUUUCCAAGUUACUGUCCGAGAAGACAAUUGUAUCAUUGUCUCCCUGGAAGCGUCUGAUGUGGUGAGCUCAUCCUCUGUAUAUGUUGUGAAGAUAGCUGGAGAAUCCAAGAACUACUUUUUCCAGUUCGAAGAAUUCAAUAGCACUUUACCUGCCCCUGUGGUUUUUAAUGCCAAAUACCACGGCCUAUAUUACAUAGUGACUCUGUUGGUAGUGAACUCAAAUAUGGUUUCCAAGUCAGCAAGAUCAAUCACUGUGUUAACCAAACCCCUUCCUGUGAGCAGUGUUUUUAUCUAUGAUUACAAACCAUCACCAGAAACAGGAGUGUUGUUUGAAAUUCAGUACCCAGAGAAGUACAAUGUUUUUACCAGGGUAAAUAUAAGCUAUUGGGAAGGAAAAGACUACCGAACAAUGCUGUACAAAGAUUUCUUUAAAGGUAAAACAGUUUUCAAUCACUGGCUACCAGGCAUAUGCUACAGUAACAUCACAUUUCAGUUGGUAUCAGAAGCGACCUUCAACAAAAGCACGCUAGUGGAAUACAGCGGUGUCCAGCAUGAGCCCAAACGGCACAGAACAGUUCCUUACCCACCUCGAAACAUUUCUGUUCAGAUUGUACCAAUCAACAGAAACAACUGGGAAGAGCACAGUGGGAAUUUCGCAGAAGAAUCAUUCAUGGGACCACAAGAAAUCAUAAGAAAAGAAAAACUUAGCCAUUUUUCUGACAACCCACCUGAAAUUCCAGCAGCGAACACAUCUGCAGCCUGGCCGGACUACCGCUAUAACAGCACUGAGUAUGAAACCACAUCACAGCCGUACUGGUGGUCUAACGAAGCUGAGUCAUCCGAGGGUGAAGAGGAGUUUGUCAAUGCAGUUGCCAGUGAUUACGAGGCCAAUGAUGUCAACACAUCGGGAAAACUCACGCCAGAGCCCCCCUCCUUCCUUCCUGUACAAAUGGUGCUGACCUGGUUACCACCAAAGCCACCUACCGCGUUUGAUGGUUUCCAUAUCAAUGUUGAAAGGGAAGAGAACUCCACGGAAUUUUUGACAGUAAGUGAGGACACUCACAAAUUUGUUGCUGAACUGAAAGAACCAGGAAAAUAUAAGUUGUCUGUAACAACAUUUAGCUCCUCUGGCUCUUGUGAAGUUCGGGGAAGUCAAUCAGCAAAAACACUUAGCUUUUACAUCAGCCCCACAGGUGAAUGGAUAGAAGAGCUCACGGAAAAGCCCCAGCAUGUGGCCGUGACGGUGCUAAGCUCCACUACUGCCCUGACAUCCUGGACAGCAUCACAAGAGAGCGGCGGCAACGGCACCAUCGUGUCUGUGGUCUCCCUGACCUGUCAGAAGCAAAAGGAAAGUCAAAGGCUUGAAAAACACUACUGCACUGAGGUGAACUCAAGCAGCAGCCUCAUUGAAAAUCUUGUUCCUGGUGCUCAGUACCAAGUUGUGGUUUACCUACGGAAAGGACCAUUGGUUGGACCGCCUUCUGAUCCUGUUACAUUUUCCAUUGUGCCCACUGGAAUAAAGGAUCUGACGCUUUACCCUUUGGGACCUACUGCUGUGGUUUUGAGCUGGAACAGACCUUUCCUUGGGGUGUUCAGGAAAUAUGUUGUAGAAAUGUUUUACUUCAACCCAUCGACGAUGACUUCUGAGUGGACAACCUACUAUGAAAUUGCAGCAACCGUCUCCUUAACUGCCUCCGUGAAAAUAGCUAACCUGCUGCCUGCUUGGUAUUACAAUUUCCGGGUCACUAUGGUGACUUGGGGGGACCCAGAGCUGAGCUGCUGUGACAGCUCCACCAUCAGCUUCAUAACAGCACCAGUGGCACCUGAGAUUACCUCUAUAGAAUAUUACAACCACCUUUUGUACGUCACCUGGACCUAUGGAGGAGAUGGCACUGACCUUUCUCAUUCCAGGAUGCUGCAUUGGAUGGUCAUUGCAGAAGGAAAGAAAAAAAUCAAGAAGAGUGUAACACGCAAUGUGAUGACUGCAGUGUUGAGCUUGCCACCGGGGGACAUUUACAACCUUUCGGUGACUGCUUGUACUGAAAGAGGCAGUAAUACUUCCCUGCCCCAGCUUGUGAAAUUGGAACCAGCCCCUCCAAAAUCACUGUUUGCUGUCAACAAGACUCAGACCUCCGUGACUCUGCUGUGGGUGGAAGAAGGAGUGGCUGAUUUCUUUGAAGUCUACUGCCAGCAGGCUGGAUCUGGUCAGGAAACAAAAGUCCAGGAACCUGUCACUGUCUCUUCACACGUAGUGACCAUUUCCAGCCUAACGCCUGCCACUUCCUACAACUGCAGCGUGACCACCUUCAGCCACAACAGCCCCAGCAUCCCCACUUUCAUUGCGGUUUCCACCAUGGUCGCUGAGAUGAAUCCCAACGUAGUGGUAAUCUCUGUGUUAGCCAUCCUAAGUAUCCUUCUGAUUGGACUGCUGCUGGUGACUCUUGUUGUACUCAGGAGGAAACAUCUACAAAUGGCCAGGGAGUGUGGGGCUGGAACCUUUGUCAAUUUUGCAUCUUUAGAGAGAGAUGGAAAGCUUCCCUAUAAUUGGCGUAGAAGUGUAUUUGCUUUCCUAACUCUGCUACCCUCAUGCCUUUGGACUGAUUAUCUUUUGGCAUUUUAUAUUAAUCCUUGGAGUAAAAAUGGAUUAAAGAAGAGAAAGCUGACCAACCCUGUCCAGUUGGAUGAUUUUGAUGGCUACAUCAAGGAUAUGGCCAAAGAUUCAGAUUAUAAAUUUUCCCUGCAAUUUGAGGAGCUAAAACUGAUUGGGCUUGACAUACCCCACUUUGCUGCUGAUCUUCCCAUGAAUCGCUGUAAAAAUCGCUACACAAAUAUCCUGCCAUAUGAUUUUAGUCGUGUCCGGUUAGUUUCAAUGAAUGAAGAAGAGGGAUCUGACUACAUUAAUGCCAACUACAUUCCUGGUUAUAAUUCACCCCAGGAAUACAUUGCAACCCAAGGGCCACUGCCAGAAACUAGGAAUGAUUUUUGGAAGAUGGUUCUCCAGCAAAAAUCUCAAAUUAUUGUUAUGCUCACUCAAUGUAAUGAGAAAAGAAGGGUGAAAUGUGAUCAUUACUGGCCUUUUACAGAAGACCCUGUUGCAUAUGGGGACAUCACGGUGGAGAUGCUGUCCGAGGAGGAGCACACAGACUGGGUUUAUAGGAAUUUCCGAAUUAGCUAUGCUGAUGAGGUGCAAGACGUGAUGCAUUUUAACUACACUGCCUGGCCAGAUCACGGUGUCCCCACGACCAACGCUGCCGAAAGCAUCCUCCAGUUUGUACAGAUGGUCAGGCAGAAAACAGCAAAGAGUAAAGGCCCCAUGAUCAUACACUGCAGUGCUGGAGUGGGACGAACAGGAACCUUCAUAGCCCUGGAUCGGCUCUUACAGCACAUCCGUGAUCACGAGUUCGUAGAUAUAUUGGGCCUGGUGUCUGACAUGCGGUCCUACAGAAUGUCCAUGGUGCAGACAGAGGAACAAUACAUUUUUAUUCACCAGUGUGUGCAACUGAUGUGGCAAAAGAAGAAGCAGCAGUUCUGCAUCAGUGAUGUCAUAUAUGAGAACGUCAGCAAGUCCUAGUUCAGAGUCACAGGUGGUGAGACCAUGAAGCACACCCAUCUUCCCUUGCUUCUGAUUUUUUUUCUUUUGAUGGUUUGAAUGGCCAGUUGUUCUGCCACGAGAGACCGCUGCUUUGCAGUACACGGACAAUGAAAGAAAGAAACUUUUAACUUUCUGAAGCACUGGGGAGACAAAGCCUUAACAAGCCUGCGGUGUCUUUUGAACUGUUUAAUUUCUGGACAUUUUUUUAGAAUACUGGACCAAAUUCAACUAAACAACAUGAAGGAAAAGACACUAUACGUGCAUAAAAUAGAUUGCUCCAGAGUGAUGAGUUUUUGUUCGGUACUUUUGGUUAAUUUUUUUUAAUUAUUUUUUGUUUUCUGUGCAGGUUGGGCUUAAGGUUAAAGUAAGUGCAAUAUUUUUUUAGUGGUUGACUGAAGAGCUUUCUUCAUGUGUCACUGGUCUGUGCUAAUGUCUAUAGGAGAGCAGGCAUUGUUAGUAUCUAAUAAUACCUCAUUAGUAAAUAGCGAGGCAUGAACAUACAUGAAGAAAUCUGGAGAUUGUGAAGAGAAAAGGGGGUGGGAGGGUGGAGGGGUUUGCUGGGUACAUGGAUUUGACUGUUUCCUACAGCACUGAUGUACAUGGGGUCUGGGGGGAGCACAAGACCCGAGGAACGGACUGACAAGCAGAAAUCCAAACCAUGAAGCCUGAAGCUGAAGCAGGCAGCCAACACUAAGAGACAGGGUGGUUUCAGUUCUUGACUGUGCUACUACUAAUUAAGUAGAGGGUUAUUGCUCUUUUUGCCAACCUUUUCAGUAAAGCCACUGAUCAGGCUCCUGUUUUAGAUUAAUCUAAUCAAAGGGCAGCUGAAUUUCAAGCUGGGAUAUCUUAGACUCCAUUACUAUAGCAUUUAACUGUCCAAGCAGUCUAUGGUGCCUAUACCCCUCAUUUGUUUAUUAUUUUUAAUAAGUAUUAACCCCAUGUAAAAACAUGAAGCUGAUUCAGGUUGGGGGGGGGUGGGGCACAGGGUGGAAGGAUAAAAAAAAAAACAAAAAAACAAAAAAAAAAGUGCUUUAACAGAUGUAACUAUUUCUCCAAGCCAGGAAUUCACAAUGUUACAAACCCAAGGUUUUGGCAUGUGAAGGGCUGGUUAUUGCUUUAUUGCUACGAGGCUGCCAAAGCGUUGGUAUGGAUUCCUGCAGGGGCUUCGGGGUCAGGGCUGGGGGGGUCUUUUCUUUUUUGCUGUCAGUUUCAGUUCUAGUCAGAGUAAUUAGCUAUAUAUAUAUAUUAUUUUUUUGUCUUUGUAUAAUUCUGGUACAUCAUUGUGUAUUGUGACAUGGAUGCUAUCAGAAUGGAUGUUGACGGCAUUUUUGUAACCUGUUGCUUUGUGUCACCUCAUUGGAAGUUAGCAGCAAUGGUACUCAAUGUAAACAAAACAAACUUGAACUGAAAGUAAACACACUGGAUUGCUUA